UUUGUCAUUGCCGUUUAAUUUUGAAAAACCUUAACUCAAUAUGUUUUGCACAGUCAACGAGAAGUGAAUAGGGGAUGUAAACGUAUCAUCAACAUGGAUGGAGCCCAAACGGUUUUGACUCAUCCGGCAGAUCAAACAGACCGUAAGAGUUUCACUUUCGAUUAUUCUUACUGGUCAUUUGACGGGUUUAAACAAGACCCGGUUAGCGGUAGGAACGUUCCUGAUCCCAAACAUCCUCGUGGCGAUAGUUACUGCGAUCAAGAGCGCUUAUUUGCCGAUCUUGGACGGGUAAUGUUGGCUGACACUUUUGAAGGUUACAACACGACGCUGUUUUCGUACGGUCAGACAGGUUCGGGAAAAUCCUAUUCAGUUAUUGGGUACGGCCCUAAUCAAGGUAUUAUUCCACAAUUCUGUCAUCAAGUUUUCCGUAUCAUAGAAGAAAAAACAUACAUUUCGCCAACCAAUACUGCCCAGUUCGAAGUUCGUCUCUCUAUGCUGGAAAUAUACAACGAAGUUGUAUACGACCUGCUGACCACAUUAAAAAACGGCAGAGGACUUAAAGUGCGUGAACAUCCAAAAAAAGGCUUUUACGCGGAUGGUUUGUCAGAUUUCCAAGUGUCGAAUUAUUCAGAUAUCGAACGUCUUCUCGGACAGGGAACGCUUAAUCGGACUGUGGUAGCGACCAAUAUGAACACUACCAGCAGCCGUUCGCACAUGAUUGUUACCAUUCGUCUCGUCCAGAAGGGGACGAUUAAUGGUGGCGAAAUGACUACCACAUCUGUUGUCAACAUUGUUGAUUUAGCUGGCAGCGAGCGCGUCAGAAAAACAGGUGAUAACGGCGGGAUUGCUGGGGAAGGUAGUGGGACCGUGAGUGGAGAACGGUUUCGUGAAGGAGUAUCCAUCAAUAAAUCGUUACAGAGUCUGGGGAAUGCAAUCCAUAUAUUAGCCGAAUCUUCAUCUGCAUCAUCGUCACAUUUCCCUAGCAAUAGCCAGAAGGGCCCGCGAGUUCCCUAUCGAGAAUCGGUGCUCACAAAGUUACUAAUGCACGCUUUAGGAGGAAAUAGCAAAACGAUUAUGUUGGCAUCCAUCAGUCCCGCUGAUAUCCAUUACGAAGAGACGUUGUCAACAUUACGUUAUGCCGAUCGAGCGAAGCAAAUCCGGACGCGGCCUACAAUUAAUAAAAAUCCAACCGAAAAAAUUGUUCGCGAUUUGGAGGGCGAAAACCAGCGGUUGAAAGCCGUUUUAACCCGUGGUAACAUUGAUCCUCAAUGGUUGAAAACAAUAGUAAACGGUCGCCAAACCAAUCCGCAAGCCAUGAAAGAGGCCAGAAAGAAGUGGGAAAAUGAGAUUCGAGCUCAGUUAUCGGAAAAUGAACGUGAAAUACAAUUGAUAAAAUCUCCUCUGCAUAAGGAGUUAAAACAUGUUGCAACAGAUGCGUCGAUUGAAAGUCAAGGUAAUAACGAACGCAAUGGGCCUCAUCUACAGAAUAUCAACAUGGAUCCUUUGCUGAAUGGACGAUGGAUCCAUUAUUUGAAUAAAGGCAUCACAUUAAUCGGGAAAACGCAAGCUGGCAGGUCGACUAUCGAAAUGAUCGGUCCGGGGAUGAAGGAGAAUCACGCUGAAAUUUCCGUUCACGAGAACAACGAAGUUACGCUUCGUCCACUGACAUUUGAUGGCAGAGUUUUAGUUAACGGAAUGCCAAUUGAGCCUCAAAUGGAAACGGUUCUCCAUCCGAACGAUCGUCUGGUUUUCGGAGCUACUCAAAUGUGGCUCUUUCGCCAUCCAGCAUUAGAAACAGAAGCCGGUGUCUCCGAUAGUCCCAUGAUUAACUAUGAUUUCGUUUUGCAUGAAAUGGCUAGCAAAUCAGGUUCAACAAUAUUUUCUAGCUUUUCAGACAAUCAAGAUUUACUGCAGGAAGAAUUGAGUGCCAUUUUGCCGUCGGUUGAAGAGGCUAACGGAAUCAGCGCUGAAAUGAACAAGCACGUGCAAUUCGAGAUUGUGCUCGUUGCACCGCAGAACUUCAUCGAUCCAGGUGGAAAAACGGUACCUAACCAAAUAUACAUCAAGAUGAAGAAUUUAGACCAUGGAACAGAUUACAUUUGGUCUAAAGAAAAAUUCUUGACGCGGUUCGAUUACAUGAAGGAAAUGUAUAGGCAGCAUCAAAUGGGAAUCAAUGGAGAAGAAGAUGACAACGACGACCUCCACAUAACGGAUGAACGCGAUCCAUUUUCUGAACCAUCCGAUGCUGUAGUAAUAAUAGGGAUGGCUCGAAUAUUCCUGCAGUCACUAGCUUACUUGGUGGAGCUACAAGAGCAUAUACCUGUGGCUGACUUGCGCGGAAGUAAGAUUGGGUUUAUAAAACUUGCUUUGAUUCCUUGUGCUGACCGUCAUGGACAUGAGCUCCAAGAAAAAGAUUUACUUAGUUCUUCAGACCAACUGAUUGGAAAAAAUCUUUUUUUUAAGUUCAACAUAAUUAGUUGUCACAACCUACCUCCUAAAUUCAGAGAUAUCCACUGCAAGUACAGAUUUUACGAUGAUAAAGUUGAGAGCAAAACGGAAAUGUAUCCAUAUUCUACGAACGUGAAAUUUAAUCACAGCCGAAUUUUACGCUUUGAACCCGCUACACGAGAGUUUGUGGAAUAUUUGAAUCAUGGUUCCGUAGUAGUGGAAGUUCUUGGUAGGCAUAUCAUUAACCCAGAUCCUGUUAACCAACCACGUCCAAUGUCCAAUCCCCUGAACACCAGGCAACUCCGCGGUGUAGCAGAUCACAAAAAUUUUACUCGAAAGGGUGAAUUACUGGUUCAAACUCCUGCGGCAAACAGUUUCGGAGGCGUUUUCGAAACGGUACAUGGGAGGAAGCAAGAAUUGAUAUCGGAGCUACAGCUAUUAAAACACAAACAAAUUCGACUUGAACAGCGCUUGGAUUUUGUUCGACAAAUGACCGAGCACUGUCUUCUCAUCGGACAGCAAAGCAUUCCAACUACAUUGCUUGAUGCAAUGCUUAAUGUUAACAACUCAGAAGAGGCUCGUGACAUUGUUCAACAGCUGCAAGCCGGAGAAGAUGGUGACGAAUGGGUAGAGUGGAGUGGAACAAAUCGUCAAAAAGAACAUCGAAGCAGCGUCUGUACCAUAUCAUAAGGCCAAGGCAUUCUUGACAGACCAUUAGAAACAUGGGAAAAUCCACUGUGUGAAAAAUCCUUGUUUUAUCCCGAUUUAAAUUAAGAUAUUUCUGUGAAGUUAUGCAGUACAAAAUGUCAAACCAGAUUAUCAUCACUGAAGAACAUUCGAAUGGCAU